AUGCGCGACAGCUUCAACAAUCCCGAGGGGGUGGACAUCGGUAUCUUCAGCAGCGGUGGUAUGGGUAUGGGCGGAGGCAACGGGCUAGGGAAUCUCGCAGAUGAGCUUGCAGACGCCUUUGGAUCAGGAGACGAAGAGGAGGAGUACUAUGAAGAGGGGCCACCAAAUAUCAAUGUUGAUCACCUCGAGGAGGAGCAACCUGAGCGUGCAGAGGGUCAGCGAGAUAGCGGCGUGGAUGUGGCGAGUCCCAAGGGGCACCAUGAUCGAGCAAAGAAUAUGAGCCUGAGCCUGCCGACUCCAAAUGGGCGCGGUCACCGCCGGGCGGGAAGCGAGUAUGAUGGGAGCGAGUACGGGUCAGAGUCGGACCUAGAUUCACCUGGCAUGCCGCCGAGUCUCGUUGCCAAGAUUGACGCCGUCGAGUCCCUUGCGCGGAGGGGAACGGAGAGCAACGGUGGCCCUACCGAUGGCGUCUUCAAGCGUCUUACCGAUGGCCUGAGAGAUCUAGGAUCACAAUCUGGUGUCGAGGGAAACGCCACCAGGUUAAUCACCGCCCACUCGGCCCUCACAACACACCUGACACAUCAGACUCGCCAGCUUCACAACCUUACAUUUCCCCUCCUGUCGCCACUGGUCGCACCUCCGGAUCCUGAGACAAUAGAGCUGCUCCUCCCUGAGCUCGUCUCACUAUCAGACCAGAUGCCUCGGCCCUCAACAUCUGCCUACAACUCGCUAACUGCGUUACACACCCUGACCUCGGACCUCGUACAGACUCUAAACUAUCUAUCUGAUACACUCCACAUGUCUCGGCAGACGACCACCACCGCUACUAGACGGCUCAAGAGCGCCAAAGAGCUAGUUGCCGAAAUACGGCGGGACGAAGAACUUGCGGAAGAAGGCGAGAGAUGGCUCACGAGGGGCAACUGGAGUGAGCGGUUGCGGAAACGCGAAUGCGCAAGCGUCUGCGGCGAGGUUGUAGGCGGCUUUGAGGAGGUCUGCAACAGCUGGCGAGCAAGGUUGCUUGCACAGGCAGAGUCUGCUCAAGCAUGA